CAUUCCCCACUUCAAAAUAUAUAUUCUUUCACCCAUUCCGUCGGUUCACGUUCCCUCUCUUCCCCCGCCGCCGCCUUCCUCCGUCCCAUCUUUUCCGGCCGCCACUAGCUCCGCCGUUGGAGAGAAUUCAAGAAAACCAAAUUAAAGGGCAGUGAAGGCAUGGCUGAUAGAGUUUACCCAGGCCCAGCAUCCAAGCCGGCGACCAACGGCGCCGACGCCGCCGCAGGCGGCGGCGGCGGAGCAAACCCAGCGUUUCCGGCCACCAAAGCUCAACUCUACAACGCCACGCGCCCGGUUUACCGGCCGCAACCGUCGCCCCGCCGCCACAAACGGAGUUUUUGCUGUUCUUGUUGUCUAUGGACCACGUUUCUGGUUAUCACUCUUAUCAUCCUCGCCGCCAUCGCCGGCGGCAUUUUUUACGUCCUAUACCGCCCGGAACGGCCGACUUUCGCCGUGAACUCUCUCCACCUCUCCCAAUUCAACCUCUCCGCCACCACCCUCACCUCCAAGCUCAACAUCUCCGUCUCCGCCCGGAACCCCAACAAAAAAAUCACAUAUUUCUACGACCCCAUCACCAUCUCCACUUUCUCCGGCGACAUCCCCGUCGGAACCGGAUCUUUUCCGGCGUUCGAACACGGCACCAAAAACACCACCAAUCUCAAAGCCACAAUCUCCACCUCAAAGCAAACCCUCGACGCCGGCGAUAUCUCAAAGCUGAAAUCAAAGAAAACUCUCCCACUGACACUAAAACUGGAGACUAAGGUGAAAGUGAAAGUCGGUGGCCUGAAAACCAAGAAAGUCGGCAUCAGAGUCACCUGUGACGGCAUCCGCGUCAGCGUUCCGGCAGGAAAGUCGCUGUCGAAAGCCACAACCUCCAACGUCGACUGCAAGGUUGAUCUCCGAAUCAAGAUCUGGAAAUGGACUCUCUGAUGAACAAGAAGAUCCAUGAUGAGUAUCAUCUUAUUAUCAUUUUUUUUUUAAUUCAGUAGGAAAAACAUAAAAAAAGGUGUGAUUUUUAUUACUAUAAAUAUUUUGGGUUUUGUACGUAUUUUACACCAUGAUUUGAUUAUAUUCUUUUGUUUUGCUUAUUA